AUGGCAGAACGAGAAGAAAGCAGUCCUGCUCUUGAGGCAAAUGCCUCUGAUGAAGGGCCUCCCUCCAAGAGGCAGCGCGGCUUCAUCGCGAGACAGGCAUGUGAAUACUGUCGCCAAAAGAAAACAAGAUGUGAUGAAGAUUUCCCAUGCGGACUUUGCAAGUCUCUCGGUAUUCAGUGCAAAUUUACUCAGCGGAAAGCGACACGAAACGAAGCUUCGCUGGGAAUGAUCGUCAAUAUCCUCCGUCGUAUUGAGGGUAAAAUUGAUGACGGAAAAAAGCAAGAAUCGUCAAACCCUCCAGAAGCAGCUCGCAUCCUCUCUACAGCUCUCCGUCCUUUCAACCCAAAAUCCCCCGCCAACUCAAGUGAAGUUCUUGGCGUACCUUCGUUUCUGCUUCAACGUCGCGACACAGUUGUUGAGUCACCCUCUGCAGCAAAAAGUGAUCAUAACCCAGCAAUAUCCUUCAGCGCGCAUCAAGUCCUCUUCUGGCCUGCUCUACAAGAUGCGCUUCCUGAAUCUGUGAAGCUGAUGUGUCAGAUGAACGGCGCAGUGUAUUCGACGCGCCUGGAAGCCGCGAGGCCAAAACUACCGUAUGCGACGUCUGCAGACAUGUCUUCUGACUGGCUUUCGAAACUGAGCAUCGCGACCUUGAAGGAGUUGUCUGAUGUUUAUUUCACAACGUUCAAUCUUGCGACGCCAAUUUUGGACCAGAAGACAUAUUUUCAGCGGACACUGGGUAUAGCCAUUGACGGUAACUUUGGCAUCUGCAUCGAGAGUUGCAUAGUUCUUGUGGUUAUGGCACUGGGACUAAUGGGACAAAGAGCCAUGCGAGAAGCGGGUUUUCUGCCGACACCUGCGUCUAGCCCAUAUCCUAACUUCGGUAGUGGACAAGAUGAGGAAAUGCCCGGACUGGACUUUUUCAACGAAGCAAGGAAGAGAUUUGGCUUUUUAAUGUGCGAGCAGGAUCUACAGGCGUGCCAGUUCUAUCUUUUGUCAGGACUGUUUUAUGCUGAGGCUCUUCGACCAGUGGACUGGUGGGCAAUGCUGACCAAAGCGAGUGCAUGCAGUGCAUACUUCUGGAACAAUUUAUCAAGAGACCGAGACGAGUGGAUGCUCGAUAUGCAAUCCCGUCUCUUCUGGAUAACAAGCAUGUUCGAAGCCGUCCUCUCCCAAGAACUGAAUCUCCCACCUAGCAACUGCCUUCAACUGGAAGAGCAUAUUGCACUGCCAAAGUUCAUUUCGGCACGGGACAUUGCCUCCUUUGGCUCGUUCCGCUACCCUGGCGAUGACCCGUUUUUUCACUAUCAUUUUCUAUCGCAACUUGCGCAUCGUCUUAUCUUGACAAGAGCACGGAACAGUCUAUUUCACUUCAAUCCAACGGUUGAUUAUCCGCCUGAGCCUGUCGAGGAUGAACUUAUUCGUCAACUGGAACAGUGGCGAGAAAGAUUGCCGCCUAUGCUGCAGUUUGACUCAAAGUCACCUUUAACGCAUGCUGAAUCUCCCUCUGAUGCGCUUGUAACGGCUUGGCUACAUGCCCGAUACUUUGUCGCAAGAUAUCAUAUCGGCCGACCGUUACUACACCGCGCUUUGGAACGACCAUCUUCCCUCACCGAAGGCCAUCUUCGAAAAUGUCGCGAUGCCAUAAGUGCUGUGUUGGCAUGGUCUUCCGUCAUCCAAGUCACCGACUCAAUGAGAAGCUGCAAUCCUCUCAAGUUCUUCGUGUGUUGCCAAAUAUUCGGCCAGAUCUGCGUCGUGUUCGCGCUCAGCGUAUCCCCGUACCCUUACAUCCGUGACAUAGUGUCUGAUGUGGACAAGAGGUGGACUACCUUUGCUUUGGGAUAUCUCGAAGCGUGUUCAUUCUAUAGCCCAGCUAUUGAGCAGGACUUUAAAAUUGCCAAAAUUCUCUGCGAAGAUAUUGGGAAAAUUUGA